AUGAAUCGUCUGUGUGAAAGACAAGCCCAUAUUUUUGAAGACAAAAACACACAAAUAGCUUUUGGAAAUGAAAACACCAUCCAGAAAGUAACUUCCAACCUCAAAACCGUCACUCCAUCAGAAUUGCAAUCUGAUACAUCAUGUCAGGAUUGUGAUGCAACGUACAUAGCGCAAACAAAACGUGAUCUCAAGAGACGAAUUGUCGAACACCAAAGAGGUUCCCGCGAAGCAGCUUUCACUUACGCCAUUAGCAGUGCCGGAGUGGCCUAUUCGGUAACAGCGGCGUGUGCCCGGGGGAACAUUUCUGCAUGUGGUUGCGAUCCCGGUCCCAGGCCGAGGGAACCGGCGCCUUCCGGGUGGAAGUGGGGUGGUUGCAGUGUCGACGUCAACUUCGGCGUCAAAUUCGCCAGAAAGUUUCUGGACGCCAGGGAGUUGGAGGGAGAUGAGAGGAGUCUGAUGAAUUUGCAUAAUAAUAAGGCUGGGCGGAAGGCUAUCAAAUCAAAUCUCAUAGUCGAGUGUAAAUGCCAUGGCGUCUCAGGGAGCUGCACCAUGAAAACCUGUUGGAAAACCCUCCCAACAUUUCGGCAAGUAGGCGACAGCUUGAUGAAAAAAUACUACAGAGCUAGGCCGGUGGCGGCGAGUACCUCUCAGCUCCCCAGAGCUCUAGAGAACCACCGGAGAGUGAAGAAGCAACAUCUGGUACUCACCAAGGGAAAGGUUCCCAUGAAGAAGCUACCAAAGAAGUCAGAGUUGGUGUAUUUGCAGAUGUCGCCGAACUACUGCGAAAAAGACCUCUCUGCGGGGUCGUUGGGCACUGUUGGCAGGCAGUGUAAUAGAACUUCCAGGGGAACGGACGGUUGUGACCUGAUGUGCUGCGGCAGGGGAUACAACACGCAUCAGUUCACCAGAACAUUCCAAUGUAAUUGUAAAUUCCUUUGGUGUUGUCGAGUUGACUGCGAUACUUGUAGUGAAAGAACUGAAGAAUAUACGUGUAAAUAAAAACUGGAAUAAUCAAUAACAAAAUAAUAAUUCUACUGAUUGGUAGUUCGACGCAGAUUAUCACCAACAAUUAGAACACUAGUAUUCAUAGUUAUCAGAAAAUGUUUGCCUUUGUCGUGAACACUUCGAGAGAGUUGAGAUAUAUAGUGUGUAAAAGCCAAAUGGAGUAAAUUCAUUAUUUCGGUUAUUGUACAUAUUAAAAAAAAAACCAAAUACGUCAAAUGUAAAAUAUAAUUUGAUAUUCUUAAACGCAAAAAAGCAUUCCCUACCGUCAACUCCCUUCGAAUGACAGGUUCAACCUCCCAUUUUUUAAAUUAGAAGUAUAGGUUUGUGAUAUAUCGUUUGAAAGGCCUCUUCAUUCUC